UUCAAAAAAUAAGCUUUUGGUUUUUACUGGCAUCACCUUCUGAGUUGACCUGUCAAACAAGGCAACUCCGUAAAAAGAAAAAGAAAAACACCACCAAAUAAAAAGGAGAAAAGAAAACUCGGAAAGAAUUCAACGGUUCGGAACAAAGCGCACAAGGAUAGAAUAAAAAGCAUCUUUCCAAAAAUUGGCGCGUUUAAUAUAUUAUUUUGAAUUUAUAAAAGGAUCUUUGCAGCAGUGUGAGGAUGCCUCGAGCAGUUAAAGCCAAAGCCGGUACAGCUGGUGCUGUUACAGGAGGGAAGGCGGCUGCUCCUAAACGCAAUAAGUUAUAUGCCAUGCCGGAGAAGAUUGCUGAAGGUACAAUUUUGACAGACUUAUCCAAAGCACAGUGGUCUAUUGGAUCUUCGAUCGGUACUGGUGGUUUUGGAGAAAUUUAUUCCGCUUGUCGCGUUGGCGAAAAAAGCUUUAACUAUGUGGUUAAGUGCGAGCCACAUGGUAAUGGUCCAUUAUUUGUGGAAAUGCAUUUUUAUAUGCGCAAUGCUAAACUAGAAGAUAUUAAAAAAUUUCAGCGCGAACAUGGUCUGAAAUCACUCGGCAUGCCGUACAUGAUUGGAAACGGGUCAGUUGACUUGAAAGGAAUAAAACAUCGCUUUAUUGUUAUGCCACGUUAUGGUAGUGAUAUUGCGAAACACUUCUUAGCCAAUGGACGACGUUUACCCGAGGGGACCAUAUACAGAUUGGCAUUGCAAAUGUUAGAUGUGUACGAGUUCAUACAUUCAUGUGGCUACGUGCAUGCUGACUUGAAAGCGGCUAACAUCCUUUUAGGCUAUGGUAAAGAAGGUAAUAACCAAGCAUACUUGGUUGAUUAUGGGCUAGCAUCACAUUAUACGACAAAGGAAUUUAAACCGGAUCCAAAAAAAAUGCACAAUGGUACCAUUGAGUAUACAUCUCGUGAUGCUCAUCUCGGUGUGGCUACGAUGCGUGCAGACUUUGAAAUUUUAGGAUAUAAUAUAAUCGAAUGGUCAGGCGUUCAAUUGCCGUGGAUAAAAAACAACUUACUUUCUGUACCAACUAAAGUACAAAAAGCCAAAAAUGAGUUCAUGGCAGACAUAACUAGUAGCCUCAAGGCCAUAUACCCUAAAAGUGCUCCUGCUCCUAUAGAUGAGUAUAUGAAGUAUGUAGCUAAAAUGGAAUAUAAUGAAAAGCCUGACUAUGAAAAAUGUCGCAAAAUAUUCGGCAAUGCUUUAAAAACUAUGAAAAUUUCCAAUACUGGGGAAUUACAGUUCAACGUAAAGGAUGAUACUAAACAUCCCACUCCUUCGACAAGCAAGGCACGUCCCAAAGUAUCUGCUAAACGUCCAGCAAAACCGGAUACAUCUGUAGAAUUGUGUGCAAGUGACGACGAUGAUGACGAUGUAAUAUUUGAGGAAACCAAACCUGUUAAAAGAGUACCGCAAAAACCACUUAAAACGAUUGCAAAGCGCUCACCGAAAACUGCAGCCAGCCCAAGAAAACAUAUAUUGCAAACUAUAAAAUCCCCUACACGAAAAGCGACACCAACAUUGCGUGGGUCACCCGAAACUAUGGCUGAGGCGAAGACCAUGUUUAAAGCAACUCCGACUCGAAAGCGGCGAUCGUCGUCUUUCUCACCAGCAAAGGUUCUACGAAGUUCGCCUUUGCGAAAGAAAGCAAAAGCUGCGCCGCAUGAAGCUGCCAAUGGCAACAGCUCUAGUACCCCAAGCUCGAAUACGAAAAGAUCUACACCAUUAGCUGCAAAAGCUAAUAUAAAUUUCAGUCCAGCGAUUUCGCUAUCAACUUCGCGACCAGGAAAGACAAUCGUUAACGACAAUACUACACCAGUACCACGAACCGGUAAGACGUAUGAAUUUAAUUUUGAAUUAGAUGUUAGUAUGGACGCUAAUGUUGUGGUCAACGUAAAACGAAAGAAGAAAGCACCAACAACUGGUGCCACUAGCAAAGAUAGUGUUGGCCAAAGCAGUUCUCAGUCGAUUCGUUCAAACGGGUAUUCCACAAAGAAAAGUGACACCGCCGAUGAUGAAAAAAGUACACCCGUUACAAGAGUUAAGGUGAGAAAGAUACCCAGCGAUGAUGCUUGCGAUAGUCCACGUACCCCAGCGGUAACUGUUAAAAAAUCAAGACGUGUGGUCUCAUAAGAAACUUUUUUCACUGUUAUACAUAGAUUUUGCAUUUUUAUUUUCAUAAAAAUUUAAUACAUUCAUAUUUUUUCUUAAUUAUAUAUGUAUGUAUGUAAUAGCUUCUAUACAUUAAUGGUUUGUUGAAACGUGCCACAGAAUGAAUAAGAUGCUAUUGGACAUUAUUUUGAUGGCAUGGAUUGAAAACAUAAAAAAUUGUUGCUCUUUACAUUGAAUAAACUUUUGUACUAAAUUAAAUCGUUAA